AUGCUGGCAACGCGGGUAUUGAGGAAUGCGUACACACGGCGCAUGAUGGCCGAGCUGGCCCGCAAGGGAGAGUUACUGGGCCCUCGUCCAAAGGCCGAUCCCACCAAGAAGCCGCCACGAGAGACGAUAAAGAUGGCUCCGCCAACCGACAAUGGGCGAGAAGCCAGUCUAUUUUUCCACACAGGCAGCCGCGUGCGAGAGCAGGCUCCGACGGUGCAAGUCCGCAUUGCUCUUUCGGACGCGGACAGCUUGUUGGACCAAUUGGAGGAGGUUAAGCACAAGGCUGAUGGAGCCAUACACAAGGAAGCGAGGGCCCGAGCGACGGGUCCGCCCCCCAAAACGCCAAGAGUGCCAGCAUUACAAAAGAGGACGGCGGCGGGGACCGUAGUCCCGGAGACUCUGGUUUCGGACCCGGUGCCUGCUUUCUCACCACAUACAAGCAUUGAAGAGAGUGGGUUCGUUGAGUUGGAUCAAAUGGAGGAGGACAUAGACACUAAGCAUACACAACAGGCGAUAGAUACAGCAUCAGCAACGACAGCAUCAGCAUCAGAAACGACAGCAUCAGAAACGACAGCAUCGGCACCGACAGUGACACCAACAGAGAUCAACAUGGAGUGGCAGAGAGGAAUCUGGGAUAGGAUCAACGCAGACAGUGCUUCGAUGGCAGACAUACAAAACUUCAUUUCGGACGGCAUCAAGAAGGGAUACAAGCUCACUCGACGAUAUAGAAAGGGGGCUUUCACCGGCCUCUACAAAAGGGAGGAGUACAAAACGGUGGUGCAGCUGUGCAAAAAGCUCCACUGUGAUAAUCUACACACGGCCGAGUUUGAGGUCAUUUUGCGCAGUGCGGCCGAAACCAACCAAUGGCGGUUUGCGGACCAACUCAUGAACAAACAUUGGGAGCUGGUGGAGAAGGGACCAGCCAGUGUAUCUCUGACGGCUUUGGAGAUCUUUAUCAACGUUGAUUUCUCGAUAGCAAGGGCGUUUGUGGAUCAACUGAUGCAUGACAAACGGUUCAGUGAUCACAAAACGUUCCAGGAAAAGGUGGCCUACGUAUACUUGAAGGGCACGCGCACGGUGGCGCUUAAUCUGUCCGAGAUGAUGCGAUACGCCACCCAGUACCAGGAUCUGCCGUUCAUGGAGUCGGACAAAGUGCUCGGCCAGAUGGUGAGAGGGUUUCAUCAGCUCGGAACCCCGAAACAGAUCAAAAUCUUCCAGCAGUAUCUGUGUUCUCGAGGCUUUGACAAGAUGCAGGGCGUCAAGGAGGCCAUGUUUCUGCGGUAUCUGUACCUGCGGCAGUUUGACAAGGCUAUCAACUUGGUUAAGUCCAAGCAUUAUUACACCUACAAAAGCACCAUUUCGGGAUACUUGGCUCUGGCAAGAAGACAGGAUUGGGAGGGAGUGUUGGGGUUCCACAAGAAGCUUCUGACACUCCAGCCUAACAUGAAAAUCCACGACACAAUGAACUGCUGCCUGAUCGAGGCUUAUGGAGCCACUCAGUCCAUGAAACGGGCAAUUAUCCAGGCCCAGUCUCAGCCAAAGUUAACUCCGGCUGCCGUUUCGUCCCUUUUCCGGGUAUUUUGUCAUCAUCAUCCGGAACAAUCUGGCGACUUGGAUCGAGUUUUGGCGUCUCCUGCUGUGUCUGAGGUCAGAGUGCUCACCAAGAACCUCGAUCUGCGAAACAUGGUGCCCAUGAUGCUUCUCAACUCGAUGGACGUGCGCAAUGGUGUUUCUAUUGCCGCCUUCCAGGGCGUACACAUCAAGAGAAGACGGACCAUCGAGGCUAUGGUCCGACAAGGCAGGGCAGAAAGAGCAUACAAGUACUACACGAUGCUUACCAAAACGGAGAUUCCGUUCUCCGAGCACGACUACCUGACACUCAUCAGAGGGCUGUGCCGACAAGGGUUUCUUCAUCUGGCUGAGGAGAUCCUGGCUGAUUUUGAACAGGCUGUUCCUCAGGGGUCCUGGAGAAAACGAGUUUGUCGUCUGGACGUGGACAUGCUGAGAAGCACCAAUGCAGGCCUAGACAGUACAGAAAAACACUCUGGCUCGCCGCGGGUUAUUCUGGCCGACUAUGUGUCUAAACACUGCACUAGAAAGGGCCCCCGACGAGAUGGAACUGUUUUGGGCAGUCCCAAGUACAACACCAAGACGGGCUACGAAUGGAUUGUGGUCGGCAUGCACAUGGUGUCUCAGGGACUGUAUGUGGAGGCGCGUGAAUUUCUCAAGGACGCACAGUUGAGAGAACCCAUGGCCUAUGCUCUUUUGGCAGAGUGCCAUGCUCGUCUGGGCGAUGUUCCUGAGAUUCACAAGCUUAUCAAGGAGAUGCGAGCUCGAAAUGUACGGGCUGACCAGACUUACAAGGCGCUACUGAGCCUGACCGAGUAUCAAUACGGGACCGGGCUUGUGGCUGUUUUGGACAAGUUGAAGGUUCUGAUUGAUGAGCGACACCAGCACGCUGUUCAAGAUCAAGGCGAGUUCCUGGAGGUCCUGGUCAACGGAGUGAGAAUGCAUGAGGAGAAGGAGAGCGACACCAAGAAACUACAAAAGUAG